AUGCUGUGGCAGUACUUAAUUAACGCGCCAGAAGGAUUUGCUCGACUGGUCUUGGAGCACCGAUGCCGGCCCGGCCCGGGCCUUCGAGCGCUUUUCCUCACCGACUUGUCCCAGGCAGCGCAGGGCGGCCUAGGUGGCUUACUGCUCAGGUUGCGCCAGGACGGCCAUGCGGCACUUCGGCUUGUGGGACCGGCUGGCCUGUACGACACCGUGGAGGGCCUGUCGUACUUUGUACGGUGCACGCAUCCUGCGCUGGAGCUUACGAUGCUGACGUCCGCACAGCAGGGUUGUGUGUACGACGACGAGUGUUUGGAAGUACGGCCGGUCUGGCGGAACUCGCUGCUGUGGCAGGUACCCCCCUGGCUCAGUACGGCAGAUCUGGCCCCGGGAUCAGCAAGCGGUGGCGCCGCGGAGGCCCAACAGCGGUUUCGGAGCUCUGCAUGUAAUCCUGCGAACGUAACCGCAGCUCCGGAACCAUUUGGCGACGGUGGCGGCGACGGCGUGAUCGGGCCGGAGGAGGGGGCCGAUGGAGAUUCGGAUUGGAUGCUCAACGCGCGGCCACGAAAGCGAAAGAGGCCGCGGCGACGUCAGGGGGGUGGAGCUCGCUUAGGCGAGGCACUAGGCGUGGCUGGGGCUGGGGCCCCGCAACAAAGAACCGCAGCCGAGGACGGGUCUGAGGAGAGGCCGCUGCCGCCACGGAGGAGUCGGCGGCUGUACGACAGCAGUGGCGGAGGCGCCGACGUCGCUGUCACGAAGAAUCCGGGGCAGCUCAAUAGCAGCAGAAGCAGUAGUGAGGAUGAGGCGAGGGCGGGGGAAAGGGCUUCGGCGGCGGCGGCGGCCCUUCGUGCGGCGUGCGACACUGUAUCCCGAGGGAAAGAAGAAGCGCCGCGAUCGGUGUCGGAGGUGUCGUGGGAUUUAGGAUCCUGCAGUACGGCAAGUACUACCGCCUGCGACAGCAGGGAGGAGGCGGAAGAGAGCCUGAAAAGAACAAGCGGCGGUAGCGGCGGCGGCACUGGCAGCAGCAGCAUUAGCAGCAAGGGUGGAGUCCCUGAGAGUGGUGGAGAUAGCAGCAGCGAUGCGAGUGACGGCGGAGCUGUUACCGCAGCGGCGGCGGGAGCUGGCGGCGGGAAGCUGCACAGCAGUAGCAAGAUACGGGGUGACCACCUGGACCUGUUUUCUGAAUUGGAUCGUUUGUUCAUGGCCAGCGGCCCAGUGGAGCGUCGUCCAGCGGGGGUGUACGGAGUCGUACGACAUGGUCGCGCGGCAUCAGGCGGAGGCGCUGCCGCCGCCAGGCGCAGCGGUCGUGUGCUGGCUGCAGCUGUCGGCGGCGGCGGCGGUGGCACGGCGGCGGUGCCGCCACCGCCGCCGCCGCCAGGACCUGCGGCAACUUUGACCUCGAAGGUGGCGCUGCGGUCGCAGGUUCUUGAGCGCCUUAGAUCCGCGGUCGGCGGUCAUCACCUGGAAACCAGAGCUACGCUGCCGCCGCAAGGUGUACGGCGUACGGCGGCAGCAGCGGCGGCGGCGGCGGCAACCCCUAGCAGCACCGUCGCCGCCAGGUGGAUGACGCUGCCAGGGCUGCAGCCGCCGCCGCUGUCGUCAAUGCGACAACCGCCGCCACCGGUGCCACAACCGCCACCACAGCCAAGCAAGGCCACCCGGCCGCCAGACGACAACCCGCUUGCCUACCUCCUCUACCCGAAACACACCCGUCAGGCGGUGUUGGUAGUUGCCACCGGCGACUUGGCUGCCAUACGGUCGCUGGCGGCUCACCCCGUGUCGAAGCUGCUGCACCGAGCGCCGUCGGGGUUACUGCUCGCGGUAACGCAUGUGGCGGCGGCGGCGGUGACGUGGCAGGGGCGGUACCGCCAGCUGGCGGAGCGGCAGCUGCCCGGGCCGCACGUGUGGCUCAAGCCUGCCGCCACCGCGGCGACGAUGACGGUGGCGGCGGUGGCGGCUGUGCCGCCGCCGCCGCUGGCAGGACUUGGCCAUUUGGGUUCCGCUAGGGUGACGAUGCGGCUCAACACGGUGGCACCGGCCAUCUUUCCGUUGCCGUACGAGCUGCGUGUACGGCAAUGUGCGGCGGCGGCGCGACGUGGCGUGGCGAAUGAGGACGUUGGGGAACGUGGUGUGGACGCUGUGGACCUGCAGCUGGAGGACAACAUUGCUGCUGCCGCCGCCGCCACCGCCGCCACGGCGGCGGCAGCGGCGGCCGAUCCAACGGCGGCGGCCGCGGCAGUGGAGCCAACGAAGCCGGCGGCGUUGCGCGAGGUGGUGCCCAAUGCUGGCGACGAGCCUACAGGGCCCAGCCCCCAGCCGUUACAGGGGCAGGGGCAACAGCUACAGCCGCCGCCACGAGCGCUGGCGGAGCCGGGAGAUCAGCCUCAGCUGCAGCUCAUUGCGGAGCGGGGACGUACGGCGGGUGGCAGCAGCAGCGGCGGCGGCGGCUUGACGGCAGAGGAGGAGCUAGCGGCAGCCGCGGCGGCGUACGGCACGCCGGAGCAUACCGGCGGCGUCAUGCGGCCGUCAUACUCUUACGCAUUGUACCCGGAGAAUGAGCUCCGUGCCCUCCCGCUGGCCGCACCCCCUGUCUUUGGCUGGCAGUGCGGCAGCAACGUCGGUGGCGGUGGCGCCGGCGGCGGCGACGCUGUACUGCAUUCUCUGCGUCGAAAUAGCGACGUGUACGGCAACCGACUGCACUCGCCGUGGCCAGCAGCUUCGCAUGGCCCUCAUGGCGCGUGGACCGGCCAACCAAUACCGUUGCCGUGCUUAAAAUCGCGCGAUCUGCUCUACACUUCCGCAAGGCCAGUCGUCUGUAAAGGCUGCACCACCUUCACAUGCCUGAGCCUUCUUCAGUUAGACAGGCCUCCUCUGCGAGCUGCCUUCAUCCACCGUCACUGCUACUCCAGUGCUGUCUUUCACAGGUGGAAGUUGCGACCUCACGAUCGUGGCCUUUACACUGCUAAUCACAUACCCCUGCAGUUCAGUGGCUUCCUAAGCGAUCGGCCUCCUACAGUCGCUAAACACGCAUUUGUGGCCGACCGCCGCAGCGGCUUUUGUCCUAAGUUCCCCGCCAUUGGCGGCCGCUAG